ACAUCAUGCAUAAUGUUUCCUCAAUUUUUAUUUCUUUUGGACACGUGUCAUUGCUUGGCCAGCAUAUUAAUCAUGGUAGAAUGAUACAUGGACUUAUCUGGAGACAGGGUCAGUGAUAGUUAUCAUGAGGGGACAGGAAAAAGGGGGCGGAGAAUGUUGCUGGUCGAACAUGGCGACAAAGGUGACUUUCAAACAUAACAAUGAUAAUCUGACGGUGAAGGAGUUUUACGACCGAUACCACUCCAGCCUUCCUCAGCUAAUAGUGGUCACUCAGGGCUACUGCGGGGACAUCGGACUGGAGGAAUUCAGUAUUGGACAGGUAAUUCGGAUACACACCUACUCCACCCAGAAGCGAGUGGUAGCUAAGGUAGAGAGGGGCUUGUCCGUGCUGGAGGGGCGGGAAAUCAGUAUCCCCGUGGACUACGGAAUGAAGUUCUGCUCCCUGAAAGGCGGCAAGAAAAGUGGCAAAGAACAAACUCUGAAUGAAAUUCUUGAGAAGCAUUUACUUCCGGUGGAAGUGACGCCAUCGGACUCGCACCAACUCAUGAAUAUUCAAGGCCAGCAGCGAGAGACCGGGAAGAGUUGUCAGCUGAACCUGAUCAGUACAUACGAAGACAGGUAUCUCCUAGGCAACGCCGUGUCAGACGGUAUGUUAUACGCUCAGCAGACCGCUGUACCCGUGUACCUGCCUGACCUAAGACUGUCUAUAGCGGUAGGAAUAGAGGGCUUCUCCGACGACCAUUGGGUGGCCAGUCUCCAAAACAUGGAACAGAAAGUCAUGCAAAACGUAAAAUUCAACACAAACUUUGGAAACCCAAAUGUGGCUGUGUAUUCACAAGAGUCAGCUAUACAUAACGACUACUCUGAUUUUACUUACCGAACUCCUGCUGAAUAUUAUAACAUGGACGAUAUCCUACGACAAAAACUUUCCCAUCGCCCUUCUAGGCUUCUGAACUACAUAGAACAGGUGCCCGACACGUACGAUUUCAUCCCGGCUGACGUGGUGAGCAGAGUGCCUCCGCCUAAGGCGCCAAAGCCGGUAAUGGACAAGAAAGCCCAGCCUGUAAAACCUUUGACCCCGCCCCCGGCUUCACUUCCGGCUCCGGCAGUGCCACAGAGGCCCACAGUUUUUCAAAGGCCAGAAAAAAGUAAAACUGUUAAUGAAGUUCCACCCAGUCCGAGUAGAGUAUCACGCGCGCCUAAUGUAGAGGAACUGAAGAUUGCCGAUUUAGGAGCGUGGAUGAAGGAACUAAAACUGGAUAAAUAUGUUGAUACGUUUGCCGAGCAAGGAAUCGACGGUGUUCUGCUUAAGGAAAUGACAAGGGAAGAUUUACGGAACGAUUUCGGGAUGUCAACCAUUGAGGCCAUUAAGUUAUCUAAAUUCGCUCAGACGGGGCAUGUCCCGAGCUAGUGUCCUCUGUAUCUAAACGUGUCUCAACCAUUAACGAAGUAUUGAAGUAACCGCGGGUUGUGUUUUUGCGAUAAGUGUAAUGAAGUUGUUCAUUCAUGAAAAAUGAAACCAAUAUGAAUUGAUUCGUUGAUAUAUAUAUACAUUUUUUUCGAUUUUACCAGCAAUGUUAAACAUAGCGAAAAAAAAUACAAUAGUCAAAUAGAAGAAAUAUGUUUGGUGUUUCCUAGAAAAAAAUAUUUGAAUUAUUAAUAGAUAAUGCACAUUAAGUUUUAAUAUUACAUCUAAUACUAUUCUGAGAAUUCUCUUCUUGAGUAUUGGAAACAUUUACAAGGUUUGCUUAUAUUUAUACUGUGGAGGAGGUAUAUGCAAACAUUUACAUGUACGACAAAAGAAAUGUUUUGUAAAUUGUUCAAGAUAUCUGAAUCAUAAUCAUGUUUUAUUUUCAAAUUUAAUGUACUAAUACUGCCUGGUUUUAUGUAAAAUAUUUUCACUGUACAUGAAUGUUACAAGGCCUAUUUCAGAGCUAUCUAAAAUAUUUCCUGUGACAUAUUUUGCCUAGGAGUUAUUCCCCUUAGCCGCCAUCUUGUAGGGCAAAGUAGUGAAUUUACCUCUUUGAGCAACCAAUUUUAAACAUGCAUGCAAGAAAUAUAAGGGGGAAAAUAUUCACAAUCUUAUAAUCAUGAAUUAAUAGAUGCUUUAACAAACGUAUAUCCAUAAGAAAAAUAGCAUUAUCUUUACCUCAGUAACCAUUAUAACAAGUUGAACUUGGUUGAAUAAUGAAGGGAUCUGGGAAUGUUGCCCUACAAUAUGGCGGCUAAGGGGAAUAACUCCUACACAAAAUAUGUCAUAGGAAAAGGGUCUAUAAUAUAUAUUUUUUUGAAUGUUACUCUUAUGAUCGGACGUUUUAACGAGUAGAAAGCUUAAUAUAUACUUGUGCCAAUUUUGUCAAUAUAUUUUUCUACAUAUUUUUAGAUAAAAUGUGUGCAUGGUGCAGGGAGAGAGAGAAAGAAAGAGUGAGUUAAUUUGUUUAUAAUUGUAAAUGAAAAUGAAAUAAAAGGAGCUUCCCAGAUCCCCGUUGUUCGGCGUUUUUA